AUGACAAGAUUGUUUUAUGAACCAAAAAAAAUAUAUCAAAGGGAAAAGGAACCUCGUGUUUUAGUUUGCAUGAGGAUUUCAUGUUUAUCAAUUUCCAUGAUAAUAUUAAUAGCAUACACUGUUUUUUUAAUAUAUUCUAAUGGAAUUGCCAUUACGAGUGUGACAAUACCUAAACUAUAUAUACCAGUACCAGAUUUAAUAAUAACUGCGAAUUUUAGUUUUUCAAUGGAUUGUCAAUUUCGAUAUCUUGAUAACAGAAUAACAUCUCAAACAGACAAGGAUUUAUGUUUAAAUUAUAUAGUGCCAACAGUAUGUGGCGAACCUGAUCCUAACGAUUUAUCGAAGAGUCGAUGUAUAGGAAAAUUCCAAGUUCCAACUGAACUUCUGGAUGCACCUAUAACUGAAAGAUUAAAUUUUAGUUUACCUGAUAAACGUUAUGGCAUUCAAUUUUUAAUCAAUAUCACUGAUGCUGCAUAUAAUCCAAAAUAUGAUAAUGGUAUUGUAAUUAAAGCCUACGAUCAAGAAUUUAAUCCACACAGAUUACCUGAAGCGGUGGGUAAUCUCGUAAAUAAACUUGAUCCUUAUUUUAUUGAGAGACUUGAUAGUCUCAACUUUCAUAUAAUGACAUAUCAUCAGAUAAAUAGUAUAUAUAUUGAUAGGAAGACAAGAGAAUUUCUUAUAACGUCAUUUUGGGAAAUGCUCGGUUUACCUCCAUAUUAUCUCCUUCAACCUUAUAUUGAUUCUAGAAUUGAAUCUAUAAGAAUACCAAGUAUAAUAGAUCAAUUUGCAGCCAGUAAUUAUGGUAUUUUAUUUGUUGGUACUUUGAAUUGGGUUGAAACAAUAGAAAGUGAUCUUAGAAUUUAUAAUAAUCUGGAUUCAAUCGCAUUAAUAUCAUUAUUUUAUUCAUUAUUAACUGGAGUUUACACUUUUCUAUUUGGUUGGUCUGGAAUAGUGCCUUGGGGAAUAUGUCAAAGGUCAUGUUGUUCCAGCGGAUCAAAAGCAAAAUUAUGCGAAAAAUUUGAAUCAAGAGAUAUACCGCUUAUGCCAUCAACAACUCCACAUAAAGAUGUCAGUGGUUUAAUGGAAUUUUUGGGACCAAUAUUACUAAGAUCAGCGAAUUCAAUUAAAAAAGAUGAAGAGGAUAUUUCUUUACCGCCGACUGAAGAUAAGGAUAGGUUAAAUGAGAAUGGCAAUUUGAUAAGUCCUGAAAAUAUUGAUCCUAACAAUAUUCAAAUUAUUCAAUAUUUUAUUUGA